AUGGAGCGCUGGAAGGACCGGGUGGCGCUGGUGACGGGCGCCUCGGUGGGCAUCGGCGCGGCCGUGGCGCGGGCGCUGGUGCAGCAGGGCAUGAAGGUGGUGGGCUGCGCCCGGAGCGUGGACAAGAUCGAGAAAUUGGCAGCGGAGUGUCAGAGUGCUGGAUUCCCGGGCACCCUCAUUCCAUACAAGUGCGACCUCUCCGUGGAAGAGGAGAUCCUCUCCAUGUUCUCUGCCAUCAAGACGCUCCACCAGGGGGUUGACGUCUGCAUCAACAACGCUGGACUGGCUCGCCCGGAGCCCUUGCUGUCUGGCAAGACGGAGGGCUGGAGGACAAUGCUUGACGUCAACGUGAUGGCUGUGAGCAUCUGCACCCGAGAAGCGUACCAGUCCAUGAAGGAGCGAGACAUUGACGAUGGCCAUAUCAUUAACAUUAAUAGCAUGAACGGCCAUAGCGUGGUCCCUCAGUCUGUGGUGCAUUUUUACAGUGCCACAAAAUAUGCCGUCACAGCAUUGACAGAAGGGCUACGGCAGGAACUCCGAGAAGCAAAGACACACAUACGAGCCACGUGCAUAUCGCCGGGACUGGUAGAGACUGGAUUUGCUUUUAAACUCCAUGAUAACGAUCCCGAGAGAGCUGCAGCAACGUACGAGAGCAUUCGUUGUCUGAAAGCAGAGGAUAUGGCCAAUGCUGUCAUAUACGUCCUCAGUGCUCCACCUCAUGUACAGAUUGGGGAUAUUCAGAUGAGGCCUACUGAGCAAGUCUCCUAGCAAAACAAGAUUUGCUCUCGGCGCAACGCAGGGAGGGCAGCCUCCAUCCACUUAGGCAUUUUCCUCUGCUGGCUGGUGACAUUUUAGGGCCGGAUACAAAGAGUUUCUUCCCUCAUUUUUCUCCUUUUUGAGCUGUUGUCAGGUCUGCGGAAACUAAAACGAAGAGCUUUGGUUGGUUGUGGAUCUUCCCCUCUGUCCCCAACGUGCUGCACUCCUUAAAUGCCUGAAAUCAAUUUGAGUGCACCUGAAGAAGCUAGUCCCUAUGAUACUGAAUUUGCUUUUUUGAGGGAGCAGUGAUCCUCAGAGGUUCCAGGUGAGUUUAGGUGACACUGGAGGAGAAAAUUGCUAGCUUCAACAGCAUGGAUCUAUCGCCAGUGUGUAUCCCACUUCCUGAUGGUCGUAAUGAAAUUAAAUGCCACAUGGACUAUUGUUUCAUUUUUGGCUGGCCAAACCAUCAUAAACGGCCAAACAACCGGUUUCUGCAUCUCUCCUCUUCAGCCAGGAUUACAGAUGGGACCAUGAAGAAAAUUCCCCCUUGGGAUCCCAUUGCCGAGGAGUUGCCUUAAAAUCCAUGCAACAGAACUGUUGGUUGAAUGUCAGUUGUCCAUCUGCUUCUGUAACCUACACUACAAACUCUUAAAGUGGUUUCGUUCCACUUUUUCCUGUCGUAGCAUCCCCCAAAGAAUCUUGGGGAGUUGCUGUUAGAACUGAUGGGCUGAGAAUUCUGGGUAAGCGAUCCCUUAAGUCUUUUCCCAACAAAAGCCAAACUUGGCAAGGUGUUAAUUUGCGAUCUUGCUUUGAAUAUUGGUGAAGCAUCAUUGGGAGGAGGCGGAGAAGGUUUUUAACUCUUUCCUUUCAUCCCUCAUCUGCUAUUUAACAUGCUCAGGGCUUUUUUUCUGGGAAAAGUGGUGGUGGAACUCAGUGGGUUGCCCUCAGAGAAAAUGGUCA